CUCACACACACACACACACUCAAGCACUCACUCACACACACACACACUCACACACUAACACACACACACACUCAAGCACUCACUCACACACACACACACACACACUCUCUCUCUUCACUUCACUUCAGUGUCAGUGUGCUGCAGCCGCCUCCACCUGUACGAGCGACAGACGAACCAGCAUCAAACAUCAGAAGAACGAGAACAUGGAGUUCUCCGAGGACGACUCAAUGCUCAACCAAUCGGAUUACGAUUACGAUUACGACGUGGUCACGCCUUGUUCUUACCAGAACAACCACAGCGUGGCGCUGGUGGUCGGCCAGUAUGUCCACUCCGUCAUCUUCGUCCUGGGCUUCUUGGGGAACAGCCUGGUGAUCGUCACCUACGCCUUCUACAAGAGGACCAAGUCCAUGACCGACGUCUACCUGCUCAACGUGGCCGUCGCCGACCUGCUGUUCGUGUUGUCACUGCCGCUCAUCGUCUACAACGAGCUGUGGUCGUGGCCGAUGGGGCCGGUGGCCUGCAAGCUGCUGCGCGGCUCCUACAGCGUCAACCUGUACAGCGGCAUGUUGCUGCUCGCCUGCAUCAGCGCCGACCGCUACAUCGCCAUCGUCCAGGCCCGCCGCAGCUUCCGACUGCGCUCGCUGGCCUACAGCCGCCUCAUCUGCGCCCUCGUCUGGACCUUUGCCUUCCUGCUGUCCGUCCCCACCUUCUACUUCUACAACUGGUACGAGCCGUCGCACACCCGGGACUCCUUCCUGUACGAGAGAGAGGAGAGGAAUCGGACCUUCACCCGGGACGCCUUCCCGUACGAGGGAGAGGAGAGGAAUCGGACCUUCACCCGGGACGCCUUCCCGUACGAGGGAGAGGAGAGGAAUCGGACCUUCACCCGGGACGCCUUCCCGUACGAGGGCCAGGAGGCGAAUGGGAGCUCCAGGUCUCCACACUACGUCUGUGAGUUCAGUUUCAUGGACGACGACGCGGCCAGGACGACCAAGGUGGCCGUCCCCAGCACCCAGCUCGCCGUGGGCUUCUUCCUGCCACUGCUCGUCAUGAUCUCCUGCUACAGUGCCAUCGUCGUCACCCUGCUGAGGGCCAGGAACUUCCAGCGGCACAGGGCGGUGCGGGUGGUGCUGGCCGUGGUGGCGGUGUUCCUCGUCUGCCACCUGCCCUACAACGUUGCGUUGUUCCACGACACCGUCAGCAUGUUCCAGCAGCAGACGUGCGAGGCGUCGGACGCCCUGCAGGUCGCCAAGACGGUGACGCAGACCGUGGCCUACCUGCACUGCUGCCUGAACCCGGUGCUCUACGCCUUCGUCGGGGUGAAGUUCAGGAACCACUUCCUGCGGAUCGUCCAGGACUUGUGGUGUCUGGGUAAGAGGUACAUCGCCCCGCGACGCUUUUCCAGGGUCACGUCCGAGGUUUACGUGUCCCCGCGCCGCUCAGUGGACGGGUCCAACGACAACGGCUCGUCCUUCACCAUGUGAAGGACGAGGUCAGAAGAACCUUCCUGUCAGCGCCCUGGUGGUUCUCAGACCAGGAUCCAACUCAAACCUCCGUCUGAAGUUUAUUAAUGUUUCUUUGUCUUCGUGGUUUCAGAUCGUUUAAUGAUGUUUAAUAAUCAAUCAUCAUCAUCUUUAACAACCUUCACAAUAAGAUACGAUACAGAAAGAAAUAAGUGAAUGAAACAUUAAAAUUAUCUUUAGUUUUCUGUGGGAUUCUUUCAACCUCUCGUUCUCUAUGAUAUUUGAGUUGUGACUUUUUUUCUUUAUGAUCUUGAGCGUCACAGAUUCUAUCUUCAGAUUUCAGAAUAAAAGUUUGUUUUAACACC